GAGGGAAGCGCGAAGAGGGAAGACAAACAUGGCUACCUCCUGUUGAGCAGAAAGAAACCGGUGUCCCUUAGGACAGCUGUUAAACAGCAGUUAGGGAACUUAAAUAUUUCAAACCUUCUCAUUUCAGUCCGGAUAUUAUUUCUGGGCCUAUGUCCCUCAGUGGGUUUUAUGGGCCGGUGUCGCAGAAACGGUCUGUGUCCAGUCUUCUCGCUGGCCGUGUGAUAAAGAAGCCAAAGCAUGAAGAUGGUCAACAGCUGCAGGAGGCAGCGAUCCAGCUGCUGGAUCAGCAUCAGAACCUCCGCAGCCUCUUCCAGGAGCUGGAGAGCCCAGAUCCAGGUAACAUUUUCUCCCCUCAGAAACAAGAGCAGAACCAGGCAGGAUCUGAGGCUAACCCCAAUCACAUCUCAGGAUGGCUGCUGGGGAGUGAGCUGAGGCGUCGGGCUGAACAGCUUGGUGUCUCUGUGGGAGUGAUGUCAGUAAAAACAGUUUUGGAGAGACUGACAGAGAUCACUGAUGGACAGGAGGAGAUGGAUGAGAACAGAUGCAGAGAGAUGCUUACAUCCUCUCAAAGAAUGCAGCUCCGUGUUCUGUUGGAGUCCACCAAAGAGCUGCUUUCUCAAGGAAUCCUUUGCCCCAAACUGCUCUGGAUGGAGCACAGACGAAACCAGAAAAAUCCCAAACUAGAGUUGAUUUACCAUCUUCACCUUUACAACAUCCUUACAUUGGACUCCAUCAUAGAGAGUGAUGAAAGUGUUAGAUCAUGGCUGCCACGCCAGGUGAAGGCUCUGUGCGGCUGGACGUCGCCGCAGGACGAAGAAGAGACGACACAAAUCCUCCAAAAAGUUUUGUUGAUGGUGGCUGGAGUCUUGGUAGGAGCAGCGUUUGAGGUCAGACCAGAUCUGGCAGCUCCAGAAAGGAAGAUCUCACUGCUGUGCAGCUCAGUGCUGGAUGACAUGCUGUUCUGGCUUCUGGAGACGGAGGAAAAAUGUGAUAAGGGCGCAGAGAAAUGGAUUCAGACAUUUGACGCAUCACUUUGUGGAGCUUUUGUGUCACCAGAAGCCCUGCAGCGUUUCUUCACUCACUCCCUCACUCAGAUUUUCACCUACAACCCUCGACUGACAGUAUCUGAUGCUGUAACCUUACAGAAUGGAUGGACUGUGGGAAAAACCAGCCCCAGCCUUACCUCGCUUUACUGCAAGCUGGCUGCCAUCUUCAGCGUCGAGCAGCUGCUGCAACACCUACAGCAGGUCCUGGAAACCCACGAGGUCAACUGGAAACAUGUCCUGUGCUUUGUCUCCUCCCUGCUGGUUUAUCAUCAGUCAGCUCAGCCCCUCAAAGAGUUGUUGUCCCGACUGCUGCAGUCUGCGUUCGAAGGCUAUGACCUGGAGAAAAUGAUCACUGCCUUCUUGUUGGCUCGACAGGGAGCUCUGGAGGGCGCCGGCAUCUUCCUGUCUUACAGCGACUGGUUCAAGAUGUCCUUUUGCGGCUCUACUGGCUGCCAUGCUAGCAGUAAGAAGUCUCUGGUGUUCCUGCUGAAGUUCCUCUCUGACCUGGUGCCCUUCGAGCCUCCACAGUAUCUUAAGGUUCAUAUCCUUCAUCCUCCUUAUGUUCCUGCUAAACACCGUGGCCUCCUCAUGGAGUACAUCACUCUGGCAAAGACCAGGCUUGCUGACCUCAAGGAGCCGGUGGAGGACAUGGGUUUGUAUGAAGAUGUUUCUUCUGGAGGUACAUCAGUGCAGUGCCAGGCUGCACAGGAUGUGGAGAAAGCAGUGUCUCUGUUUGAAAGCACAGGCAGGAUCUCUGCUACUGUCAUGGAGGCCAGUAUUUUCCGGAGGCCAUACUUUUUAACCCGAUUUCUUCCUGCUUUGCUCAAGCCAAGAGUGCUCCCACUAAAACCUGACGCGCAGAUGAAUUUAAUUGAAGCUCUGAAAAAAGCAGAUAAGAUCCCAGCUGCCCAGUAUUCAUCGUAUGUGGAGUCCUGUCAAAAACAAAGGCAGCAAAACAAGACUGCUGCACAUUCGGACACUAAAGAAGAUCCAUUUGACAUCCUGAAAGUUCAGCUGAGGGACUUCACAGAGCUGGUUGUUGGAGGAAACAAUGGAGAGAUGUCAGCUCAGCUGUCCAGGAUCUCCCACACUUUAAGCGUCAUCUUUCCUGGUUCCCCUGAUGAGCUCAUGAGGCAAGCAGUUGUCACGCUGAAUACAGACUGCACCCAGCUGCCUGAGCUUCAUGUAAAAGUUGUUAAUUUAAUCCUGCGAACUUUCUGCCAAAGCCUGUUGAACGCUUCUAGAGGAAAUCCUCCUAAUAAACAGUGUUCGUGGGGCUGCAGGUUUGUCAGCUUGCUGCUUGACAACAGACACCUUCUCUCCAGCGUAGCACACAGACUCUGGGAGCUGUUUCACAAUCAGGGAGCUUCAUUGAGUGCUUCACACAUUCUUGGCCUGGCAGCCUUCAUGGUCCACAUUCAGGCCUCCAUGGCAGAAGGUCCUCGGGUUCAGCUGGUGUCACACAGGCAACAUCAGCCAUUACCUUUGGCUGAUGCUCUCAGCUCAGCAGUUCUUUGUAACACACACAUCAACAUGCUCUUCUCUGUCAGGCUCGGUGUGGCUGCUGUGUGCUAUGGACUCUGCAGAGGAGACUCACCAUCUCCACAGCAGCAGCAGCAGGAGUAUAUCCCAAGCAGCCUUUAUAAAAAGCUGUUGUAUCUCAUUCCAAGGCUGUUCCCUGAGGCCAGAAGAAGCUCUGGAUCUGUUUGCCCUGAUGAACAGCAGGAUGGUUCAGACCCCCUGUGGAGCAGCAUCACACAUGACCUAAGUAACUGGAAGAAGACUGUCCUGAAUCUCUGGAGGCAUGCUGCCUUCCAGCAGCUGGAGCAGAUGCCACAGUUUAGGUUAUGUUUUUCAGAGUGGCUGAAUUAUGAGCUUAGAGUCCAAAGACAUGAAGACAUCUUGUCAGACUCUCAGCGGCAGGAGUAUCAGCAGUGGGCCUGCUGUGAGGUCUAUCUGACUCGUCCAGAGGAGCAGGGAGGCUGUGGAGGAGACAUGAAGAAGCUCUGCUCUCAACUGUUAAAUGCCAUUAUGGACCAGCCGUUAAGGGACCUGAGCCUUGAAAAGCCAAGUUGUUCUGCAGGAUUUUCAGGAACCUGUUUACCGGACCUCCUUUCCAGAUUGCAGGAGUUGGUGUACGAAAUGGAAGUGAGCAACGUUUCAGGUGGCUGCAGACACAGAGCUGAUCUUUGGGAUUUCCUGUUUGAGGUUGUGUCUCAGAGAUGCUCUCCAUCCUCUGCCAGCAUCACCUCCAAGCUUGGCCUGCAGAGAAACUUACAUAAAUGGAACAGAGUGCUCCUGUCCCUCCCAGCUGUUUUGUUCUUUAAAAUAAAGAUUGAAAGUGGAAGGACCACUGUGGACUGCAGCAGGCUCGUAGAGCACAUCAACCAGCAUCAGAGGAAGGUGUGUUCUCCAGAUAGCGUGCUGGCCUGCUCGGUAACGGCACACCUCCUGAAGGGUCUGCUAUGUGCGGCUGUGCAGUGUGAACGCCCCGGAGAAGAAGUCAACAGAGUUUGGUCUCAGAUGAGCAUCAGUUGUCCUCUUCUCGUGGUCUCUGCAGUGCGCUGGUGGCAGCAGCUUUCUCCGCUCCUGUUUUCCUUGUGGGCUCGUCUCCGUAAUGGAGAGUCUCCUCCAGAACAGCUACAGCGCCUCUCGGAUUGUUGGCUCUGGGCCUGCAGUCUAAAGCGGAGUCAGGUGGCCAAGAUGCCUGAAGCUGCUGUUUUGGUGUGCGCCGCAAGCCUGCAUGGCUCCUUCUGCAGAGGAUGUGAGGAACAGCAGCAGAGCUUCAGUGAUGCUGUGAAGUCACUGAAAGCAGAGAGAGGAGCUGAACACAAACAGGUUCUUGUUUCUCUGCUCUUCCUUUGCUUGAAGGACUACCUGUCAGCACUUCUGUACCCUCAGGAACAAAGUUGUGAAAAAUCUAAACAUUUCUGCUCAGAGCUUCUGGCUGUUUUGGUGAAUUCUGCUGACUGUCUGCUAAUGUUCAGCUCCAACGCAUCUUCAGAACCAAACCGGUAUCCCUGGGUCUCCCUGACAUCUUCGGACGAUUGCAUACGGUUAAUGCCCUGGGCUCUCUGCAGUUUGCUGCUGCAGCAAAGUGCUGAGUUCCUCCAGAGGGCGCUGUGUUGUCCAGGGUUCCUCCACGCUGCCAUCCUGUGGUACCUCUCUGUGCUGCAGCUGUUCCUAGAAGGAGACACGCCGACCAUGACCACAGCACCUACUGAGAAGCUGGAUCCCUCCCAGGUUCUGAACCGCACCAAACAGCUUGUCCUGAGUUCGAUCUCACAGGUACCUCCCGCUGCAUUCUCCUCCAGCCAGCUGCGACAGCUGGAGUGUCAAUGCGCAGACCUGGACCCAGAAUUGGCAGCAGCUCUGUCGGUUUUGCUGAACCCUCACAGUCUCAGCCCUGAGAUAGACUUCAUUUAAUGGUGACAGACUGGAAACAUCUGACCUGAUGCUAAACGUCAAACACAAUGUUUUUCAAACAGGCGACUUUUUUACCAAAGUAUUUUAUUUAUUUACAUAGUUUUUCUACAGAUCAUAUACAUGGGGAGCCCUUCUGUUGCAGUGUUCUUUUCUUGGAAUAAAAAAAGACUCUAUCUC